AUGCAGCCUCGCCGGCGAGUGCACCCGGGAACGCACAACUUAGCGGCACGCACCACAGCUCGAGCACCGCCCUUCCGGUUGGAGCCACUGCAAGCCCCCCCAUGCCCCGCCCCCUCGCUAGGCGCUCGCCACGCCCAUGCCUCCGUCGCUGCGCGGCCCACCCCGGAUGUCAGCCCCCCGCGCCGACCAGAAUCUGUGAACAUGGCGAACCAGGUUAUCAAGUGCAAGGCUGCAGUUGCUUGGGAGGCUGGAAAGCCUCUCUCCAUAGAGGAGAUAGAGGUGGCACCCCCAAAGGCUCAUGAAGUUCGAAUCAAGAUUAUUGCCACUGCGGUUUGCCACACCGAUGCCUAUACCCUGAGUGGAGCUGAUCCUGAGGGUUGUUUUCCAGUGAUCUUGGGACAUGAAGGUGCUGGAAUUGUGGAAAGUGUUGGUGAGGGAGUUACUAAGCUGAAGGCGGGUGACACUGUCAUCCCACUUUACAUCCCACAGUGUGGAGAAUGCAAAUUUUGUCUAAAUCCUAAAACUAACCUUUGCCAGAAGAUAAGAGUCACUCAAGGGAAAGGAUUAAUGCCAGAUGGUACCAGCAGAUUUACUUGCAAAGGAAAGACAAUUUUGCAUUACAUGGGAACCAGCACAUUUUCGGAAUACACAGUUGUGGCUGAUAUCUCUGUUGCUAAAAUAGAUCCUUUAGCACCUUUGGAUAAAGUCUGCCUUCUAGGUUGUGGCAUUUCAACUGGUUAUGGUGCUGCUGUGAACACUGCCAAGGUGGAGCCUGGCUCUGUUUGUGCCGUCUUUGGUCUGGGAGGAGUCGGAUUGGCAGUUACCAUGGGCUGUAAAGUGGCUGGUGCUUCCCGGAUCAUUGGUGUGGACAUCAAUAAAGAUAAAUUUGCAAGGGCCAAAGAGUUUGGAGCCACUGAAUGUAUUAACCCUCAGGAUUUUAGUAAACCCAUCCAGGAAGUGCUCAUUGAGAUGACCGAUGGAGGAGUGGACUAUUCCUUUGAAUGUAUUGGUAAUGUGAAGGUCAUGAGAGCAGCACUUGAGGCAUGUCACAAGGGGUGGGGCGUCAGCGUGGUGGUUGGAGUAGCUGCUUCAGGUGAAGAAAUUGCCACUCGUCCAUUCCAGCUGGUAACAGGUCGUACAUGGAAAGGCACUGCCUUUGGAGGAUGGAAGAGUGUAGAAAGUGUCCCAAAGUUGGUGUCUGAAUAUAUGUCCAAAAAGAUAAAAGUUGAUGAAUUUGUGACUCACAAUCUGUCUUUUGAUGAAAUCAACAAAGCCUUUGAACUGAUGCAUUCUGGAAAGAGCAUUCGAACUGUUGUAAAGAUUUAAUUCAAAAGAGAAAAAUAAUGUCCAUCCUGUCGUGAUGUCAUAGGAGCAGCUUAACAGGCAGGGAGAAGCGCCUCCAACCUCACAGCCUCGUAGAGCUUCACAGCUACUCCGGAGAAUAGGGUUAUGUGUGUAAUUCAUGAAUCUCUAUAAUCAAGGACAAGGAUAAUUCGGUCAUGAACCUGUUUUCUGGAUGCUCCUCCACAUAAAUAAUUGCUAGCUUAUUAAGGAAUAUUUUAACAUAAUAAAAGUAAUUUCUACAUUUGUGUGGAAAUUGUCUUCUUUGUUUUAUGCUGUCAUCAUUGUCACGGUUUGUCUGCCCAUUAUCUUCAUUCUGCAAGGGAAAGGGAAAGGAAGUAGGGCAGUGGUGGGUGUCUGAAACCUCAGAAACAUACGUUGAACUUUUAAGGGUCUCAGUCCCCAUUGAUUAAAAAACAGAUCCUAGCCAUCAGUGACAAAGUUAAUCAGGACCCAAGUCUGCUUCUGUGAUAUCUUGAAGGGAGGUACUGUGCCUUGUUCAUACCUGUACCCCAAAUUCCUAGGAUGGCAUCUGCCCCUCAGGGGGCACUAAAAUGUAUUAUUGAAACAGCAUUCUGGGCUUAAAUAGGUGUAUGUGUGUGUUGGUUGUGACUGUACUAUUUCUAGUAUAGUGAACUACAUACUGAAUAUCCAAGUUCUCAGCACCUACUUUUGUCAAAUCUUAACAUUUUGCUACUUCGAGAUCACAUUGCCAUUCCUCCCCUCCAGAGGUAACAAUUGUCCACAAUUUGAUGUUUAUCAUUCCUGUGUUGUUGUACUUUCACUGUGUAUAACCUAAACCAUCUACUCUUUAGUACUGUUUUAUAUAUUUUUAAGCCUUAUACUUACUUGCUCAUUCUACAGCUUUUUCACUCAUUAUUGUAUAAUUAUAUCUGAAGCUCUCGUUCAUUAAUUUUAGUACUGUGUAGCAGUAUUCAAUUACGGGAACUACCGUAAUUUAUCUGUUCUCCAGUUGAAGGCAUGAAGUUGUUGCCAGUUUCUGUAUUAUAACACUGUAGUGGAGCAAUCUUCUGCAUUGGGCUCACUGCGUGUUACCUAAGACAUGUAUCACAGAAUAAAACAUUUAGCCUUAUAGACAUUGCCAAAUUGCUCUUCAAAGUAAAUUUUUUUGUGAAUUACAUGAGUGUGGAAUGGUGUUUUAUUAUGACUUUAGUUUGCAUUUUCCGAGGAAUUCUCGUUAAAUCCUUCAUUCUAAUGGACAUUUUAUUGUGAAGAACCUGUUCAUAUCCUGUGCUCAACUUUGUAUUGAAUUAUUUUUCUCUGAAUAAUUUUUAGUUCUUUUAUUCUAGACAUCAAUCAUUUGUCAGUUUUAUAUGUUGCAAAUAUCUUCUAGUCUAUCUUGUGACUUUUCUUUUUACUUUAUGGUAUUUUGUUGAAUAAAGUUUUAAUGUAGUCACAUAAA